UAAGAACUGAAUGCCACCUCCACUAAAUACAAAAUAAACCCGUCUCCUCUCUCCAUCUUCACACCAUAGAUUCAUAGCUUCUCUGCUGGUAACUGAGGAAAAGGAAUGGAUCAGAUCCAUUAUUCGCUCCAAAAAGACAUUCAGGAGAGUUGCAGGGUAGAUGUACAUAGAUAUUUUCAUGGAAACAAUGCUCUAUGCCAAAUUGAAGAGGGACUUUUCCUGGGUUCCUUGGGUGAUGCAAGCAACAAGAGUGCACUCAAAAGUUCCAACGUUACACAUAUCUUAACCGUGGCUAACCUAUCCGUUCCUUCGUAUCCGAACGAGUUCGUUUAUAAGAUUAUCGAAGUCACGGACAGGGAAGAUACAAAUCUAAUGCGGUACUUCGACGAGUGUUUCGGUUUCAUCGACGAAGCUAGAAGACUAGGUAGUGGUGUGCUGGUUCACUGCUUUAUGGGAAUAUCUAGAAGUGCGACGGUGGUGAUUGCUUUUCUAAUGAAAAAGAAUGGCAUGAGGUUUUCUCAAGCUUUGGAACACGUAAAGCGUAGACGGCCUCAAGUGUCUCCGAAUCCAGGUUGCGUUUUACAGCUGCAACACUUUGAAAGUACCCUUCGAGGUCGAUCCUUUUUUGGCCACUUUCAUCGACACUCGAAGUGUAAGGAGGAUGAAAAAACUCGGCUCGAUCGGUCCACUUGUCAGUCCAUUUUCUCGUUUUUCAACCAAAAGCAAUGAGAAGGGGAAGGCAAUGAAUGAAGUAGUAUAUUGUGCGAGUAAAAUGUAAUCAAAAUGUUCUUGCAAAAUGAACA